AUCCGAAAGAAAAGAACAAGUCCAUAAAAGGGGAGCCAAGCUUGCCCGCUUCAACGGAAAGACCCUAUUCCCACGCUAUUUCCGAAUCCUAACUUCUGAGACUUGGCACUCUCAGCUAACACACAGAGGCACUCACAUAGAGAGAGAGAGAGAAAGAGACUCUUGGUGAGGAAAUUCAAUCAACAACAAAUUUGUAUUUUCUACUGCUACUUUGGGUAACAAAUCACUUUGUUGAAUAUCAUUUCCUUCCCUCUACGGUACUCCAUUUUUUCAUCACUCUUUCCCACCAAACCAAACACCCAAAUUCAAACUCUCUUUGACUUCUUAAUUCUUCUAUUGGUUUUGAUUUUUUGGGUGCUUUCUUUUUUUUUUUUCAUGUUGGGUUUGGCAAGAUUGCAUUUGAUUUCAUCUGGGUUUGCUCUCUUUUUCUCAUUGGAAACUCUUGGUAAGCUUAAUGUUUUCUUCCUUUUGGGCCUUGUGAUUUUCUUAUUUCUGGGCAAUGUAGAAAUGGGGUGAGAGAAUGAAAAUGACCAUGAUGAGGUCUGCUGUUGUACUUUCAUGGGUUAUCUCAGUAUUUUGAAUCGAUCUUUUGCAUUGGAAACCAGACUAGAGGUUUAUUUUUCGUGGGGUAUUUGAAAGUCUAUAUAUAUAUAUAUAUAUAUAUUUUUUUUUUGGGCUUAAUAUCUCUGCCUUUCGGUUCUGGUUCUCUGUAUCAUUGGUAAUCUGUGAUUUUCUAUUGUAUUUCGUAGUUGUUUUUUCUUUUUUUUGGGAUAUUUAAUCAUGAUUCGUAGAGAAUUUUGGUAGAAAUUUUUUGGGAUUAGAAUUGCAAUGGGUGAAAGAAAUGCCGGGUCCUUUGGGAUUAUUGCUAGGAAAUCUUUGUUUUGUUUGUUUAGUGUUACUUCAAUUCUCUUCAUAUUGUCAUGGUUUUUUGUGUUGCGCUCCACGGGUCGUCCUCAUUUCAUUGACCAUACUUUGCUACCCAAUUCAAAGCUUCUUUCUACGGUUGAAAAUGGAAGUACUUCAACACAGAGUCAAAAUGAUGUUGACUCCAUUGGAAAUCGAUCCAUCCUUGUGGAUGCUGAAGAAGAGUCAUCAUCUUCAUCAUCACCACCACCACCACCACCACCACCAUCUUCAUCAUCAUCAUCCCAAGACAAAGAAGCACCCCAGGCUGAACAGACCAUAGAAUUUGUUACCAAUAACAAAGUAGUCCUUAAGGUUUUCAUGUAUGAUUUACCCCCUGAGUUUCAUUUUGGACUCUUGGAUUGGAAACCCGAAGGGAAUAGCGUCUGGCCUGAUCUUCGAAGCAAAAUACCUGAUUAUCCAGGUGGAUUGAAUUUGCAACAUAGUAUAGAAUAUUGGCUGACCUUAGAUCUUCUGGCUUCUGAACUGCCUGACGCCCAAAGUCCUCGUUCUGCAAUAAGAGUUCGCAAUGCAAGUGAAGCUGACAUUAUAUAUGUUCCAUUCUUUUCAUCCCUAAGCUAUAACCGAUACUCCAAGACGAACCCACAUCAGAAAAGGAGCAAUAACAAGGUACUGCAAGAGAAGUUGGUGAGAUAUUUGACAGCUCAAAAGGAAUGGAAGAGUUCAGGUGGAAGUGAUCACUUAAUUUUGGCUCACCAUCCAAAUAGCAUGUUAAAUGCAAGGAUGAAACUAUGGCCUGCAACAUUUAUACUUUCUGACUUUGGAAGGUAUCCUCCAAAUAUUGCAAAUGUGGAGAAAGAUGUCAUUGCGCCUUACAAACAUGUAAUUAGGUCCUAUGUUAAUGACACAUCUGAUUUCGAUAGCCGCCAAACUUUGCUGUACUUCCAAGGAGCAAUAUAUAGAAAGGAUGGUGGCUUUGUUCGGCAAGAGUUAUUUUAUCUUUUGAAACAUGAAAAAGAUGUACAUUUUGCAUUUGGGAGUGUUCAAAAGGAUGGAGUUCACAAGGCUACCCAGGGAAUGCACACCUCAAAAUUUUGCCUCAACAUAGCAGGUGACACCCCUUCUUCAAACCGCCUCUUUGAUGCUAUAGCUAGCCAUUGUGUCCCGGUCAUCAUCAGUGAUGAAAUUGAACUCCCAUAUGAGGAUGUGCUUGACUACUCUGAGUUUUGCAUAUUCAUCCGUACAAGGGAUGCUCUUAAAGAAAAAUUUGUCAUAAACUUCAUCAGGAGCAUCAAGAAAGACGAGUGGACGAGAAUGUGGAAGAGGUUGCAAGAGGUCGAAAAAUUCUACGAGUUUCAGUAUCCGUCAAAGGAAGAUGAUGCUGUCCAAAUGAUAUGGCAAGCAGUUGCACGCAAGGUUCCUGCUAUGAGAAGGAAACUACACAAAUCGAGACGAUUCUCCCGCUCCCUUGUCCGCAAAGAGAGGGGGUUGAGAUCAAUACCAUCGCCCAGAAACUUUUGGUAAGAAAGGAGAAGGGAUAUCAACAUUAUUUUUGACUCUUACUGUUGUUAGAGCACUUGACAUAAGCCAGCAUUAGAAUUUGCUGCUUUUAGAAGAAAAAAGUGAGAAUUGCAGUCUAUUUCUCACUGCAGAUUUUGAGUCUGAUGUUAUAAUGUUUUUGUAAAAAUGGAGAGGGGAGAAAAAGGAAAAUGUAUCAGCCAUAACUGCUCGUUAUGGCCAGAGAUAUUUGAUGAUGGUUAUUCUUUAAUUCAAUCAAUUUUUUUUCCCCUUUUU